AAAGACGAUAAGCGGAAGAAGCAGAAGCACGGGGAAAAAAAGAACAAAAAAAAAAAUAGAUUAAGUGGCUUAACUUAACUGGUGCUAACGGGGACGCUGAGAGGAUUGCGUGGAUAAAACCGUCUAUCAUCCACGGACAGGGAACUGUUCUCGAACAGAUGUUGUCCAGCUGUUCUUCCUGUUAGAACUCCAUUACAAAUCUCCAGUUUCUUCUUUUGGACCAAGGAAACCUUCAGCCUGUCAGAUCAGAUGUCUUCAAGAAGGAAACCUGUGAAUGCUGCAGCAUUUCUGAUACUUCUGAUGAAAGUCUUCAGUGGUCUUAGCCUCUCGUGUCAUCCAGGAGAAUAUGACUUAGGAAAUCUUUGCUGUCUAAAGUGUCGUUCAGGAAGUAGGGUGCAAAAUCACUGCACUGUGGACAGGGAUACUUCCUGUCUGCCCUGUGUGGAUGGAACCUACACUGCAGAACCCAAUAGACUGGAUCGAUGUACUCCCUGUACAAGCUGUUACUCAGGUUUUGGUCUGAAGGUAAAGAGACCGUGUACAGAAACAUCAGAUACAGUCUGUGGACCACUGCAGGGAUUCUACUGUGUCCACACUACAGGACAAAGUUGUGAGAGAGCACAGGAACACAAACACUGUAAACCAGGACAGUACAUCAGCAAAUAUGGAACAGCCUCCACAGACACUGAAUGCUCUGCCUGCAGCAGUGGAACAUUUUCAGAUGGAACAUUUCACUCCUGUCAGCCACACACACAAUGUUACUCACUCAACCUUCAGCUGAUAACAGCAGGAACAUCUGCAGCUGAUGCUCAGUGUGGAGAAGGCAGUGUUAAUGUCCCAGCAGCUGUUGGUGCAGCUGUGGCUGUUUUAAUUGUAAUUAUUGGAGGAGGAGGAUUAUUAUAUUGGCACUUAAAAAAGAGGGCUCCGUCUAACAGACCACCAAUCAAAGAAGAAGGCCGAGAUGAGGAACAUUUACCGAUGGCAUAACCAGGAGGUGAUAAAAGAGCAAAUGGAGACCAUAAUGAAGGAAUCCCUCAGUGACCCAUCUGCUUCUUCCUGUGCUGCUCCAGUUGUUGUGGAGAGCAAAGUGAUCCAGUUACCUCAUGACACACUGUACCAGACUUGUGUCACAUCCUCCCUCCACCACCAGUCCACCAAUACCAUGAUCAUCUUUCAUGGGGCCAUCUUAAAAGAUAUAAAACACAUAAAUAA